AUGGCGAUACCGUCAGGUCGUACGGCCUUCAAGAAGAAGGAUGGUGUCUUGACCUUGACGCCGGAUCAACAGUCCGUCAUCUGGACUCCAGCACCUGGGAAUGGCCCGCCUACGGUCUCCCUGGUCAUUGCCAAUAUCUCAAAUUUGCAACAGACACCAGACAGCGCAGCAAAGGUUAUGCUCAAAAUCUUUGAGAAGCCUCCAGAUGCAACAGAACAAGUGCCCUACCUCUUCCACUUCACAUCACCAGAAGCCAGGUCUGAGGCCAACGCCAUCAAGGACCUGCUCUCGAGGCUGUUGGCCGAUAUCCGCUCCGGCGAUCCCAAUGUCCCCAAACCCUCCGGCAACUCAACCCCGAACGCGGCCAACGGCGCAAAUGGUGCCAGCGGUGGUGGCGGCGGCGCUGGCGGCGGCUCGUCCAUGGCGUUCGCCAGCUCCGCCAACGCGAAGCCCAACAGCGCUCGCUGGUUCGACGACGCCCAGCUCAAGGGUGACAUUGAGCUGCAGCAGUCCCUUAUGAAGAAGGACCGCACUCUACACCAGACGUACAUGGACGCGCGCGCGACCAAGCCCGAAUCGAUAUCGGACGCGGCCUUUAACGCCCAGUUCUGGUCGACGCGCACAAACUUGCUGCGUGCCCACGCCAUCGAGGUGAACCAACAAAAGGGCGCGUACAAUGUCCUCCCCGCGAUAAAGCCGCGGCUGGAGAACGACGUGCUCAAGCUCGACAUCACCGUCGAGAUGGUCCAGCUCAUCAUGGCGCAGCACCCGCUCGUCAAGCGGCUCUACGACGAAAAUGUGCCCAAGGUCCCCGAGAGCGAGUUUUGGUCCCGCUUCUUUCUCAGCAAGCUCUUCCGCACGCUGAAGGGAGAUAGGAUCACGGACGAGAGAAAGGAGGGUAUCAAACGCGACGCGCUGUUUGACGCCCACGAUGCCAGCGAGAACACGACGAUGUUCCAGCGCAAGAGCAUGGCGCAGAGCGUGCCGCACAUCAUUGACGUCCACGGCAACGAGGAGAACCAGGGCGGCUUCCGGAGCGGGAACCAAAAGGACGUUGAGAUGCGGCCGCGCAAGAACGUGCCCAUUGUAAAUACCCUUAACAGUCUUAGUGAGCGUAUGCUCGCCAACGUGGCGCCCUCAGACCGCGAUACCGGCGCCGAGGCCGAAGAAGACUCGACGUGGGCGGAGAUUGCCCUCCGCGACCUGCGCGGCGACGCAAAGGAGAACAAAAUCAUACUCAACAUCAAGGAGCAGAACCGCUUCUUUGCGAAAAAAGACGAGGCCAAAUCCGCAAACGCCCUCGCUUUCGCCAAGCAGAACCCCUCGGACGUCCUAUUUGACAUCCAGACCGACCUCGAGACCAUUGAGACGGACGGCGCCGGCGGCCUCAACCUCCGCGCGGGCAUCGGCAUCGUCGACGACAGCGACAGCGACGACGGAGGAACGCGGCGCCCGCCCCACGUCGGCUCCCGCGCCGCGCGCAAAGCCGCGGGCGACGACAUCAUGAAGGGCAUCCGGCAGCGCCGCGCGCAAAAGUACGGCGACACGGCGGCGGACGAGUCCCGCCCCAUGGGCCUGCCCGUCGAGGUCGCGGAGCGGUGCCAGCUGACGCACGCCACGACGGUCGAGUUCCUGCACCAGUUCUGGAAUGCGUUUCUGUCGGGCGACCCGGACCGCGCCAACGAGCUGCAGUACCUCGUCGAGUCCCUCAAGCGCUCGGCCGAGCGUAUCCACGCCGUCGCCGACGAGGCGGAGAAGACGCGCGACGACAUCAUCCGGGCCAAGAAGAAGGAGAUUAUGGAUCACUACAAGGCGACGGGGAAGAAGAUUCGCGGGUGGCGGCCUGAGCAUGAAAAGGGUGGCAGGAAGGCCGUGCUGGCGAUUAUGCAGCCGACGCUCGAGGCGCUGAAGAGGGCGCAGGGUGAUUAUCAGCGGGCUCUUGCUGCUGAGGGGGUUCAGCUUUCCACCGAGGCCUGA